AUGCAUUCCGUCCCCAGAGUGCGCUGCCCCGGCACCCUACCCAUCGCGGGCCAGGACGACAACAACGACGACGACGGAGAGUCUGGACCCUACGUGAGGGACACGGAGUACGAGGAGCGCGUCAUUCAAGUCCGGCGUGUCACCAAGGUUGUGAAGGGCGGCAAGCAGCUGAGCUUCCGUGCUGUGGUGGUGGUGGGCAACAACAACGGCACAGUGGGCGUGGCAUCCGCCUCGGCCAAGGAGGUGGCACAGGCAGCGCAGAAGGCUGUGCUGAAGGCCAAGCGGCGUCUCAUCACCGUGCCGCUCACCCGGAACGCCCUUUCCGUGCCCCAUGCAUUUGACAGCUACUUCAGCGGUGCCAAGGUGCUCCUGCGACCGGCCUCCGAGGGAACCGGCGUGAUCGCGGGGGGAGCCGUGAGGGUGGUCCUGGAGCUGGCGGGCGUGAGGAACGGUUUUGGCAAGCAGGUUGGCGGCAGCAACCCCCUGAACAACGCCAAGGCCGCGAUUGAGGGCCUGCGUGCCAUGCGCACGCUGCGGCAGGUGGCUGCGGAGCGCGACAUCUCGGUGGCGCAGCUGCUGGGCCUGCCCCCCAAGAAGGAGUCGUCAGACGCUGUGCCCGUAUAG